UCUUACGAAGCGGGAGAACAGCGUCCAGGAUUCAUCUCAAGUUUUCAUAAACAGAAUAUGAAGCGCUUUGUUAUGCUGCUGGUUACUCUGGCGGUGGCGAAUUCAUUUUCCUUGGAAAAUGGGGAAAACGCUGCGCUGAAAACGAAGGUUCUGGGUCCUAGUGUACUAGAUGCUGGUGAUCGCAGGAUCCUACCGAAGAUACUCACGACUGAAACCCGUUUCGCUCGACAAAGUAGUGAGGACAGCAAUGUUGGUCGGUCAUCAAUGGAUGCCAGUGUCAGCGGAGGACAAAAAAAUAGUCAACAGGAUUGGGGCAUCAAUGGUAAACGAGGUUGGGGCAUCAGUGGUAAACGAGGUUGGGGCAUCAAUGGUAAACGAGAUUGGGGCAUCAAUGGUAAACGAGGUUGGGGCAUCAGUGGUAGUUAUCAUCGAGGCAAUUGGGGCGUCAGUGGUAGUUAUGGGCGUAACAAUGGCAAAUCGAGAGUGGGCAUCAGUGGUAGUUAUCAGCGUAACGAUGGCAGAUCGAGAGUGGGCAUCAGUGGUAGUUAUCAGCGUAACAAUGGCAAAUCGAGUGUGGGCAUUAGUGGCGGAUGGGGGAGGAACAAUGGCCGACCGAAUUGGCAAGUCGGUUUCAAUUAUCGAAAGAAAUUUGACCCACAGGUGAACUACUUAGGAGGAAGUAAAGGUCCACGUCAGAACGGCCUACCUUACAACAUUCGGAAGAAAUAAAGGUCAACGCUCCAAUGAUAUGGGGAAUGUAAAGAAGAAAGUGUCUUAAUUUGUUAAGCUUUAGUAAGAAACAUAGCACAGACUCGAUUUUGUAACAAUACUUAAUAAUUCUAAUGAUAAAGAAAUGGCAAAAGAAGCAAAGAAAGGAUUACAAAGGAGCAAAGUUC